AGCUCAGCACUCCAUCAAAGCCUCUGCCUCAGCCUUACCGUGAGUCUGGUUGACAGCAGCUUCUAAGAUGUCCCAGCAACACACGCUGCCAGUGACCCUCUCCCCUGCCCUCAGUCAGGAGCUCCUCAAGACUGUUCCUCCUCCAGUCAAUACCCAGCAGGAGCAAAUGAAACAGCCAACUCCACUGCCUCCCCCAUGCCAGAAGGUGCCUGUCGAGCUCCCAGUGGAGGUCCCAUCAAAGCAAGAGGAAAAGCACAUGACUGCUGUAAAGGGACUGCCUGAGCAAGAAUGUGAGCAACAGCAGCAGGAGCCACAGGAGCAGGAGCUUCAGCAACAGCACUGGGAACAGCAUGAGGAACAUCAGAAAGCAGAAAACCCAGAGCAGCAGCUUAAGCAGGAGAAAGCACAAAGGGAUCAGCAGCUAAACGAACAGCUGGAAGAAGAGAAGAAGCUCUUAGACCAGCGACUGGAUCAAGAGCUAGUCAAGAGAGAUGAGCAACUGGGAAUGAAGAAAGAGCAACUGUUGGAGCUCCCAGAGCAGCAGGAGCAGCACCUGAAGCACCUAGAGCAGCAGGAGGGGCAGCUGGAGCUCCCAGAGCAGCAGGAGGGACAGCUGAAGCAUCUGGAGCAGCAGGAGGGGCAGCUGAAGCAUCUGGAGCAGCAGGAGGGGCAGCUGGAGGUCCCAGAGGAGCAGGUGGGGCAGCUGAAGUACCUGGAACAGCAGGAGGGGCAGCUGAAGCACCUGGAUCAGCAGGAGGGGCAGCUGAAGCACCUGGAUCAGCAGGAGGGGCAGCUGAAGCACCUGGAUCAGCAGGAGGGGCAGCUGAAGCACCUGGAUCAGCAGGAGGGGCAGCUGGAGCUCCCAGAGCAGCAGGAGGGACAGCUGAAGCACCUGGAGCAGCAGGAGGGGCAGCUGAAGCAUCUGGAGCACCAGGAGGGGCAGCUGGAGGUCCCAGAGGAGCAGGUGGGGCAGCUGAAGUACCUGGAACAGCAGGAGGGGCAGCUGAAGCACCUGGAUCAGCAGGAGGGGCAGCUGGAGCUCCCAGAGCAGCAGGAGGGACAGCUGAAGCAUCUGGAGCAGCAGGAGGGGCAGCUGAAGCAUCUGGAGCACCAGAAGGGGCAGCUGGAGGUCCCAGAGGAGCAGGUGGGGCAGCUGAAGCAUCUGGAGCAGCAGGAGGGGCAGCUGAAGCACCUGGAUCAGCAGGAGAAGCAGCUGGAGCUCCCAGAGCAGCAGGUGGGGCAGCUGAAGCACCUGGAGCAGCAGGAGGGGCAACUGGAGCACCUGGAGGAGCAGGAGGGGCAGCUGGAGCACCUGGAGCACCAGGAAGGGCAGCUGGGGCUCCCAGAGCAGCAGGUGUGGCAGCUGAAGCAGCUAGAGAAGCAGGAGGGGCAGCCAAAGAACCUGGAGGAGGAGGAGGGGCAGCUGAAGCAUCUGGUGCAGCAGGAGGGGCAGCUGGAGCAGCAGGAGGGGCAGGUGGAGCACCUUGAGCAGCAGGUGGGGCAGCUGAAGCACCUAGAGGAGCAGGAGGGGCAGCUGAAGUAUCUGGAGCAGCAGCAGGGGCAGCUGGAGGUCCCAGAGCAGCAGGUGGGGCAGCCAAAGCACCUGGAGCAGGAGGAGAAGCAGCUGGAGCUCCCAGAGCAGCAAGAGGGCCAGCUGAAGCACCUGGAGAAGCAGGAGGCACAGCUGGAGCUCCCAGAGCAGCAGGUAGGACAGCCAAAGCACCUGGAGCAGCAGGAAAAGCAGCUAGAGCACCCAGAGCAGAAGGACGGACAACUAAAACAUCUGGAGCAGCAAGAGGGGCAGCUGAAGAACCUAGAGCAGCAGAAGGGGCAGCUGGAGCAGCCUGUGUUUGCCCCAGCUCCAGGCCAGGUCCAAGACAUUCAACCAGCCCUGCCCACAAAGGGAGAAGUAUUGCUUCCUGUAGAGCAGCAGCAGCAGAAGCAGGAGGUGCAGUGGCCACCCAAACAUAAAUAACCACCCGCAGUGUCCAGAGGCCCUCAGACUGUCUCAUACAAGGGAAGAGAGAGCCACUGGCUCCACUUAUUUCGGGUCCCCUAGGUGGCCCGUCUCAUCUGUGAACUUGACUCUGUCCCUCUACAUGUCUCUUUAAUGGGGUGGGGGUGGGGGAGAGAGGGAAUUAUUGUCCAGUGCCACCCUCAAUGAGCCCAAUCCCAACCUCAGGUGAGCAGAGCCUCUACUUGAGGGACUAUUGUUACUAUAGGAAUCCUUACUUCCCCAGUAUUGAAGCUGAAUCAGUGAGUGUGUACAAUGAUACAUAAUAAAUCCUGGAAUUCUU